UCAAGAAGAAGAGAAAUAUGAUCCGGGUUCCGACCUGAGUGCCUUCGCGUAACUUCGAAAAAAAUAAAUAACAAGGCACGUUUCUUUUUUUGUUUGCGAACUGAUGGAGGUCGCCGAAGCCCGAACGUCUCCCAUCUGACCGAACUCAACCCCAAACCGGGACUUGUCAACACCGUCCUUCGCCGUCUUCAAACACCAACGUCCGGUCUGACACUCGGUGUGUCGUUGCCAUGCAGCGGAGGAACGCCGAUCCGGCGGACAAGCCGCGCCGGAAUGCUAGGGCGGACCGGCAGUCUCCCAGCAAUGCGUCUGCCGGGAGUUCGUCGUCUGCCGGCAAGAACAACACCAACCGUGUUCAGGACCCAAACGCUCUGGCAAGUCGACUGAAGCAGCUUGACGACUGCAUGCGACAAGUCAAGUCCCUCAUGAAGAACCUGGAAAAGUCCGAAGACCCUGGUGCCCACGGCCACUUGCAGCGCCUUCGCCAGAUGAUGCAGCACCUGAAUGCGGAGCUGGAAGGCAGCGGUGCACAUUCACGGCGGUACAAUGCCCUCGACCAACGUCAGCGACGCCUCGAAGAAAGAUCAGCAUCGCCCGCGCACAAAGUCUCUUCGCAGACGGUGCUCAACGUGGUUGACAACUGCGUUGACGACGAAGACGAGGACGACGGAAACAUGAGGAGCGAUCUCGAAUAUCCGCCUCCAACUAGGGAGGAUGAGGAGAAUCUGGUGCAGCAGAAUGCCAUCAUGCGCAAAAUUCUGGAAUCCAAGAAAAAGUUGCUGGAGUUACAGGAUCAGCAUGCUCAUUUGGCCAGCAUGCAAAAAAGGGCCGAAAACAAGCUGGCUGAAACACGAGCAUUCCAAGACCAGCUGGCUCUGAACAAUCCGGAUUUGAGCGAGUGGGUGAACCAGAUCCAGAGGGAAAGUGCGGCGGGGACGUUGCUCAACCCGACCUUGGCCUCCAGAGAACCCAAACGAUCCAUAGCCGCAUCCGGAGCGGGGAGAAGGACGCAGCAACACCAGCACACGAGGGUGUCGGCUGCAGAAGCUGCUGGCGGUGACAACAACUGGACGUGGACCGCAGAAACGAGCGCCGUCGGCACUGCAACGUCGGCCGAAGCGGAACUGAAGCAGCUGGAGCGUCGCCUGCAUCAGUUGCAGGGCAUGGCACAGCAGCAGGACGUGCUGGAAGGGCCCUCGGCAGCCGACCUCUCCGACCUCUGCCGGGAGCGCCGCAAGCUUCAGGACCGCCUGAAGGACCUGCACGACCAGAAGGUCGAGAUGGACCAACUCCUGUCCGAGUUGUCCUUGCUACAGUCGGCCAGCGGUCUGGGAGCCGUGCCCGUGGGGCACCCGGACAUCGAUCCACGGGAGGAUCCCCUACCCAACGGCCCUUCCAACGAGUCCGGCUCUUCCGACCAUUCGACCUUGAAGGACAAGAAGAGGCAGGUGGAAGAGAUGCGCAGGACGCUACAGCAACUGAGGUCCGCUGUCAAGAACUUGGAGCAGGGUGUUGGGAUGACUGGCACGGCGACCGCCAUCCUGGAAGGCGCCACCGGCACUGUCGUGCCCCAGCACUCGCACGGAGCGAGGGUCGUCGGCGGGACGUCCUCGCACAAGACGGACAACCUGAGGGGCCCUGACUUCCCCGCCCGGCGCCAUUACGAGGCCGAGGGGAGGGCCAACGAGGAGCAGGACUCGGUUGCCAUGGCAACCGUCUCCUCCCAGGUCCCCCCCGGCAGUACCCAAGGUCGCAGUAGCGAUGGGGACGUGCUCGCGGAGAAAGUGAGACAACUGCAAGCCACCCGCAGCCAGCUGCAGUAUCUUCAGGGGAUCGUGACCUCCUUCCAAGAGGGUGACCUGGAGGGUGACAGUGGUGUCACCAGCGCCACCGCAUCACUGGGCGAGGGGGACUCCAGGAGGCAGCGAAGGGAGCUCCAGGAGCUCCAAGAGCAGCAGCUCCGACUGACGCUGCUCCGGCAGCAGCUGCUCACGUCACAUCCCCUCCUCGCCGCCGCCGCCAGCAAGAACCAGCUCAAGACCUCGACUCCGGACGGUCCACGACGGCUGGACGUGAGCCCGAGGGGCGGCGGGGAGGCCUCGGGCGGGGGCGGCCAUCUUGGCGGCGGCCACGUCGGUGCCUCACCUUCUCCUUCCAAAAAGGACAACGUGAAUGCGCUGCCCAAGAACCUGUUUGACGUCCCAAAGUCCAGCAACAGAACGCAGGACCACCCCUCGAACCUGGAGUGCUCCGGAGCCGGGGGGAGCCUGCUCCGAGAGAAGGCCAUCCUGGAAGAACUGCUGCAGCAGGAGCGCAGCAAGCAGCUGCUCAGCUACUCCCACAAUGAAGACGUCCGGACUAGUCCGAGCUCCGGGUCACAGAGCUCGGAGCCGCCUGGAGGUCCCGAGAGCGUCGUCGCCGGCGGCAACACGACGAUUGCGGCGACCUGGGGCGGGUCCAGCACCCAGGAGAACCUGGAGGACGACGAAGACGACGAAGAUCCGGUCGAGGACAGCAUCGAGGCGGGCCGGGAUUCUGAAGAAGGCAGUCGCAGCGACGUGGACGCCAAGGCGGAGCCUCCGUGGAUUCCGGCGAGGGAGCGCGUCUUCAGCGUCCCGGAUUCUGGUGCCUCCCUGGGACGAAUGGACAACAGGAUUUCUCACGGAAGCCUGGCCAGAGCUGUGACGAAUGGAACCUGCCCACGACCCGGCGGCGGCCAGUGGGGCUACAACCAGGCCACGGGUGGUCCCAUCCACCGGCAAGGCUCGAGCCACAGGGAGGCGCCCGUGGAGGCGGUGAGUCCGCAGGUUGCCACGGACGAGCAGGACGGUGCCGGCGAAAGAGUGCCGGGAGUGCCGGUGUUCCCCGGGUGGCACCAGCAGGCAGUGCACCAGUUGCACCAGCAGCUGGAGCAGACGGGGGCACUCUGCAACUCCGCCUUGCAGGAGCACCAGCAGCAGGCGUUCACGGGGGCGCUGUUGGCAACCUCGGCCGGAGCCGUCUCCCCAGAUGCCCGCGCCCCUCCAGGCUCCGCCCAGCCUCGGCUCCCGGGUUUCGACGCCGUCCAGCAGUAUGCCAUCCAGCAGCAGCAGCAGCUUCUGCUCAGCAUUGUCCACUGCUACCACCUGCUCAGCAUCCAGCAGCUGGAGAUCAACCAGCUCCAGCACGCCAUUCAGCAGGUGUGUUUGAACGGGGGCGAGGAGGCGCCCCCACUUGCCAUGCCCCCCGCCUUCCAGCUCCCUGAGCAUCCCCUGCAGGGCCCCCUGUUUCUGGGGGCCCCGUGGGCGGUGCCCUCCCCGGGGGGUCCCGUCGGGGUCCUGGCCCAGGGGAUGGCCGUUCCACAGCAGACGACGUCCCACGCCGUCUCGGAAGCGAGAGGGGGCCCGCCCCUGGGAGCCACCCUCAACAACCAGGUGGUUCCGGGCAGCAGGGCCAACAACUUCUGGGACAACUUCCGCAGUUACUCCCGCCAGAAUCUCCUCUCCACCUCGGCCACGACUCCGCCCAAGACCAACGAGCUGCCGGCAAACUUCCAGGUUCAGCAGUCACAUUUGGCCGGCGGUAGGAGUCCCGCCACGGCGGCGUCGGGAACCUCAAGACCCAAGCCAAGCUCCGUGCCGCGGCCCGUCGGCGAACUCACCGCGAUAGUGCCUCCACAAGAUCGCGGACGUCACAUGCGACCCGUGGCCAACGUGUCGCUGCAAGACUCGUCGGCCAGGGCGGCCGGCAGUCGGCUCAACAUCGGCAAGCAGCAGCAACCGACAGGGUUUCAAGAUGGCACUAUCCCCACGGCGGUUGCAUUUCCCUACAGCCCAUCUCCUCCCAGCAGGUGCCGGCAGCCGGCCCAUUCGCCUCCCCAGCAGCCGGCGAGCGAGGCGCUAAAGAGCUCCAUCCGCGCCGAGGUGUCUCGUCUGCUCGAAGGCCGGGAAGACACUGCCAGCCUGGCAGCUGUGCUGAGGCAGCUGCAGUUCCUCAACUGUGGAGCGACUGGGACACUGCAGCAGCCUUCAGGAGUGCCACAGGCCUGCGGAGGAGCACGCCGGAAGAUUCCCUCGUCGACCAAGAGCAACAUCCCGAAGGAGAACCGACCCGCAAGCGGGGAGCGCCGUCCCGUCUUCCAGAGGGUGGCCUCUGAGUCCUCGCCAGACCUUGUGGCAAGCGUCGAGUUUGCGUUCGACAGCCGACCCAGAACCGAGGAGACCCUCUCGGACUCGACGUUCGACAAGAACUCGUCUCGUGGUUCCACGUCUGUGACGGCGCGAAAGAGGACCAAGCCCCUGUACGCCCCAGCCGGACAAUCGUCGCUUUCUGGUUCGUCCGGCGCUUCGGCAGAGAGAAACGUUCCAGCUGAACAUUUGGUUCCAGAACGGGACUGUGCGACAGACGAGGAACAAGGUGCAGCUGCCCGGCCCCUCGACCUCGAACCCACGCUCGAACAAACCUGGCCCGAACGGGACACCACAGUCUACGUCCAGCCGCUGGACUUGCUGCCGUCCGCCAACAAAGCCGCCGGUGCCGACGUCCAAGUCCCUGUUUUGGACAAUGCGGGGCUCCCACUCCUUCAAGAGCCCGUGGGAGCGGUUCGAGCUGCAAACCCAGAGUUCCAGGCGAUGUACGGCUUUGAAUUGGCUCUGCUGCAACAGGGCAUCGUAGCCGGCGGUGAGUACCAGGGUGAAGAAGCCGAAGACGACGAGGAUCGCGAGCUCGAGACGGAGCCAGAAGCCGAAGGGACUCAAGACCUAGCCGAAGCCGACCAGUCGCCAGCGGCCGAACAGGACGCAGCCGACCAGCAGCCCGAGGACGCAGCCGCCCCAGCUGCAGUCGGGGCCGUCGGCGGAGGAGACGGAGGUCCGGCUGAAGUGCUCGUGGCAGACGACGGAAUGGCCGCUAGGCAGGCUGCGUCUGACACUCCAGAUGUGCCCACUGAAGAUCCGCAGCAGAGGGUCGAUGGGGAAGACAAUCCAGUCCGCCAGCAUGACGGCGUUCCCCAGCCACCACCCUGUGAAUGAAUGCUGCAAGAGAUUCUCACGUGCCCGUGGCCCAAGUAUCCUACAUUCUUGAGUUGCUGUUCUUUGUUUCGUUCUACUUCUCAUACUUUGUUUAACUACUUGUUUGGUUUUACUGUAUUUAUGUUUCUCUUGCUAGUGGUUAAUAAACAAUGUAUCGUUAAA